GGAGGCAACUCUUUGAAGAAAAGCUAGGCCGGCCAAAUACGAAGAAACUGCUUUGCUUUUCAAGAGUCUUUUGCACAGGGGAAGCGUUUUCGGACAUUCUCAAGUUGAAAGAUGGCAGCAGAAAAAACAGAAGAUGUUGAAAUGCAGGGUGAUGAAAACAAAGAAGUUGAGAACAAAGAAAAAUCACAAGAAGAAAAAGAUGCACUAACAUUUGACGAAAUUAAAGAGCAAAUAUUCCAGAUCGAAAAAACAGUUUCGUCCAAGGAAAACAGAUAUCUUCUUCGCGUCUUAAGGUCACUGAAUUCAACCAGAAGAAAGUGCAAUCACAAUGUCCUCAGAAGACUUAUCAAUUUAUUCUGCCUUCCAACUUCAAAAUCUGAAUUAAAUGAAUUUUUGGAGAAGCCUGACCCAGAAUCAUCAGAUAAGCCAAGACCAAAGAGCACAAAGCUAGCAAAUUACACACCUAUCCCAGAAGUGGAUGUAUUUAUUCAUCUGUUGGUUUUGUUACACUGUUUGGAUAACAAAGUAUUUGAAAGGGCUGUUAGAUGUGCUGAUGCACUGACAAAUAAGAUAACGUCAUAUAACAGAAGAACUCUUGACCCAUUGGCUGCUGCUUGCUUCUUUCACUACUCAAGGUCGUAUGAAGCUCUUGACAGGCUGAAAGAAAUAAGAGGAUUUUUGCUUGGUCGUCUAAGAAACUCCACUUUACAUCAUGAUGAAGAAGGCCAGGCUACUAUUCUGAACUUGUUAUUGAGAAAUUACCUACAUUACAAUCUAUUUGAUCAGGCUGAUAAACUUGUCUCCAAAUCAACUUUUCCUGAAUCAGCAUCAAACAAUGAAUGGGCAAGAUUUCUUUAUUAUCUAGGUCUUAUCAAAGCUAUACAGUUAGACUACAGUGAGGCAGACAAGAAUCUGAUGAAUGCAAUAAGAAAGGCUCCUCAAAGUACUGCAGUUGGUUUCAAGCAGCAUGUUCACAGACUGUCAGUGGUGGUUCAGCUGUUGUUAGGAGAAAUUCCGGAUAUCAAAACUUUUCGAGAAGCAAUUUUGAAGAAGACCUUGGCCCCAUACCUGCAGCUCACUCAAGCUGUUAGAACUGGCGAUUUAAAGCUUUUCAACAGUGUUAUUGAGGAAUACAAGGAAAAGUUUCAUGCAGAGAAAACCUUCACGCUUAUAAUCAGGUUGCGCCACAAUGUGAUCAAAACUGGAAUUCGAAUGAUCAGUCUUUCUUACUCAAGGAUUUCGUUGUCCGACAUAGCAAAGAAGUUGUUGCUGGACGGUGCCGAAGAUGCCGAGUUUAUUGUUAGCAAGGCCAUCAGAGAUGGAGUCAUCGAGGCAACUAUUAAUCACUCCGAGGGAUACGUCCAAUCUAAGGAAAACAUCGAUGUGUACUCCACCACUGAACCUCUGAAUGCCUUUCACCAGCGUGUCAGUUUCUGUCUCGAUAUUUACAACCAAUCUAUCAAGGCAAUGCGGUACCCUCCCAAAGCGUACAACAAGAAUCUUGAAACUUUGGAGGAACAAAGAGAGCGAGAGAAGCAAGAUUUGGAAUAUGCCAAGGAAAUUGCAGACGAGGAAGAUGAUUUUCUGUAAGCUGCAAAAGAAGAUAGUUCUUGCAACUUAUCAGCAUAGCUUCAAUUAUAUGUUCUAGAAGUGUUAAGAUGUUUCUGGUAGAAAGGUAGUUGUUUCUUUUCAAAA